GAACCAAGGACAACGCCAAGGAGGUAUAGACAACGAUCCAAUCCCAUACUCUUUGGAUCCAACCUGCGAAGUUCCCAAAUAUAAAGCGCUGACACAUGAGUUAAGAUUGACGUACCAUGAUAUGAUUCCUUGGCUGUGCUUCAAACAAAUUGGUGGAUAAAUCAUCUGCGCUAAUAUAUCAUGGUGGCUGGUCCUACUGAGCAUGGGAUGCAAGCUGAUGUGAUAUUCGUCAUUGAAGGUACAGCUGUAAACGGGGCUUACCUUCAUGAUUUAAAAACCAAUUACCUCAUACCAACUCUAGAGUAUUUUAGUCAAGGUGGAAUAGAAGAUAGAGAAUAUGUCUCCGAGAAUAGUACAACACUUUAUGGAGUGGUUGUUCAUCAUGCCGCAGACUGUUUGCCUGCGCCUUGUACUGGAACGUUUGGACCCUACUCGAAUCCUCAUAAGCUUUUACUCACCUUAGACAAACUCGAAAUGGUUGGUGGUAAAGGUGAAUCCCACGCAAACAUUGGAGAAGGUCUUGCAACAGCAUUACAGUGUUUUGAGGAUUUGCAAUUGCGAAGGGAGCCCAAUACUGCUUCCCAAAAACAUUGCAUAUUAAUAUGCAAUUCUCCGCCUUAUCAGACAGCAGUUCAGGAAUCAUACAAAUUUUCUGGACAUACCGUGGAACAGUUGGCUGCUGUUUUUCAAGAGAGAAAUAUCAACCUCUCUAUAUUAUCUCCAAGGAAGAUACCUGCUUUGUUUAAAUUGUUUGAAAAAGCGGGAGGGGACCUACAGUCUUCACAGACAAAGAACUAUGCCAAGGAUCCUCGGCAUUUGGUGCUCUUACGUAAUUAUAAUCUCAAAGAACGUCCUGUUAGUCCAAUGGGUGCAACUGGCCAUCCCACGCCUGGCAAUGCAGUUCAGAUCCCCCUCAGUCCCCUACAAAGUAAUGACAGUCCAAACACGAAUCAGGCACAGCAAAAUAUCGUCCAGCCACCUCAGCAGCAGAUAACUUCCUUCCGAAAUCAAGCUCCCCAAAAUAUUACUGCUGUUAAUCAGCAGACAGCCCCACCAAUGCCUGCACCUCUUAUGGCGACACGUGGGAAUUUUCCCCAAAUUGCUGCUCCUCCAAACUAUCACACUCCAGGAAUGGGCACCAGACCAUCACAUCGUUGGAUCAUGCCUCCCCAACGACCAUUUAUCGCACCCGGCGCUACAGCUCAGCCAAAUACUCAGGGAAGCGCACUUAUUGCUCAGCUGACCCAACCACCUACUCCUCUAGGGCCUGGCGUCAAUCAAUUUGGUCAGCGGAUGGAUGGAAAUACGAAUGUCAUGGCAAACGCUACUCAGCAACAGCAACAACAACAACAGCAGCAGCAGCAGCAGCAGCAGCAGCAGCAGCAGCAGCAACAGCAGGUACAACAGCAGCAGCAGCAAGCACAGCAACAGGCACAACAGGUGGCACAACAGCAAGCACAGCAACAGCAGCAGCAGCAACAGCAGCAGCAGCAACAACAGCAGCAGCAACAACAGCAACAACAACAACAACAGCAGCAGCAGCAACAACAGCAACAACAGGUGCAGCAACAACAGCAACAGGCCCAGCAGCAGCAGCAACAGCAUCAACAACAAUUAUUACGCUACACUCUUGUGCAGCAUCAACAAAAUCAGCAACCCAAUCCUCAGCAACAAGCAGGAAUGGGUUUGCCGGGACAACCGGCACAAGUUCAAUCUGGACAGCAAAUAACGGUAUCUGGUGUUAGCCAGUCUGCGCCCACGCAAGUGCAGCAAACUGCCACAGCUUCUCAAGCUUCUGCUUCGGUAUCCUCUGUUCCUUCGCAAGUGUCGCACAGCCAACCACAAGGAAAUGUUUCUGGAGGACCUGUGCCAAGUCAACAGAUGACUCCUGGAAGGGAGCGGCACACGAUUUGGCAAGGAGUUUUAGAGUGGCUUGAAAAAGCCAAAAAUCCGACGGAUACACAAAAACUUACAAGGCAUGUCCCAUGCCAAGUUUCUGCAAACUCUAAAGAUGGUGAACCAGAGUUAAAGGCUGAUUCUUGGCCACAAAAGCUGAUAAUGCAGUUGAUGCCUAAACAACUAAUAGGAAAUAUUGGAGGAGUCUAUUUGAAAAAUUCAAAGUCUGUUCUCUUUCAUCCAACAGCUUGCGAGGCUCUCGAUGGCUUGACAAAAGUUAUGAGUACUGGUUUUGCUGGUUGUGUGCAUUUUACAUCUGUUCCGUCUCCAGCUGCAUGCGAUAUAAAAGUGUUAAUCCUCUUGUAUACUGCUGAGAGAAGAGCAUAUCUUGGGUUCAUCCCUAAUGAUCAAGCAGCGUUUGUAGAUCGUCUCCGAAAAGUAAUACAGCACCAAAAAACUACACAAGCGUUAAUGAGACAAGGGCAGGCAGGAAAUGUACCUGGUAAUGCAAUUGCCGGACCUAUGCCAACCUCAGGAAUAUCACAAGGAGGAAUUGUAUCACAACCGAACCUUAUAGCAAUGAGUGGAGGUCAGAUCACACAAAACGUUGUUUCCACCUCUGGACCACAACAAACGCUAGCUAAUUCUGCUGGGCCGCCAGGACAAAUAAACAUGCCGGGUGGUGGAAUAGCUGGACCAAAACAGGUUGGUGCUGGACCUGGUGGUAUGAUGGGACAACAAAGACCUCAAUACGAUCACAUAGAAAUGGCUAGGCAACAAAAUCUUUUAAAGAUCCAACAAUUGCGGCAGAAUCUAGAAGCAGCCCAGCAGCAGGAAGCUCAAUACAAAUCCCAACUGGAAGUCAAUAUUCAACAAAAUCUUGAAGUGGCUCAGCAACAAGAAAUGCAAUAUCAACAGCAACUUGAGGCACAGCAAGCACAGAGAGCUCUCAAUGCCGGUGGUGGUAUGGCUGGCCAACAACCGAAUGCUCAGAGAAUGAUGCGUCCUGUGAUGUCGAACAAUCCUGGGCUCCGACACUUACUUCAGCAGUGUCCUAUGUUACAGCAGCAACCACAAUAUAGGCAGCAAGUACUUGGAAUGCAACAGCAAAUAGUAGGCCCCAGAGGUCAGAUGCCUACCCGACCCAUGGCACCUGGUAAUCCUCAACCACAACAAUUUGAAGAUGUUUCAAAUUAUGAUUUUCUUGGCUAACGCAAGGCGCAGCCUUUAUCAGUUUUUAAACAUGAACUUUGAAACAGAAUAUAUCACAUCUGAAAUAUUAUGCAAGGUUCCAACCCUCUCAGUGUCAAAUAAAUAAAACGAUCUUUUUCAAUA